AUGGACGUCCACCGGAGACUCCCUAAACCUCCCCUUCCCACCACCCCACACAUCCAGCCCCACCAUCGAGAUACAGCCGUUGAUCGCAGUCCUUCGCCUACCCCAAAGGCAUCCGAUGCACUUCCUCUCCCUCUAUACCUGACCAACGGCAUUUUCUUCACCCUAUUCUUCUCCGUCGCUUACUACCUCCUCCACCGCUGGCGUGACAAGAUCCGUACCUCUACUCCCCUUCACGUCGUCACUCUAACUGAACUCACCGCCAUUGUCUCCCUCAUAGCCUCCUUCAUUUAUCUUUUGGGCUUCUUUGGCAUCGAUUUCGUACAAUCCUUCAUUGCACGUGCCUCUCACGACGCAUGGGACGACGUCGUUGACGACGAACGCUUCAUCCUCAACCAAGAUCGCCGCCGCCGCCGCAGCAACCCUUGCUCCGUCGCCCUCGAUUGCCCCGUCAAUAUCGUCCCUACGCCAAAACUCAUGGAUCCUCCGAUCCCUCUGUCGUCCGAAGAAGACGAAAAAAUCGUAAAAUUAGUGGUUUCUGGGAUAAUGCCCUCAUAUUCGCUCGAAUCAAAGCUUGGGGACUGUUAUCGUGCGGCCUUAAUUCGGCGCGAGGCGGUGCAGAGAAUUACAGGAAGGUCCCUUGCAGGAUUGCCAAUAGAUGGGUUCGAUUAUGAGUCUAUUUUGGGUCAAUGUUGUGAGAUGCCGGUGGGUUAUGUGCAGAUUCCAGUGGGGAUUGUGGGUCCAUUGUUACUUAAUGGAUGUGAAUUCUCAGUCCCAAUGGCGACGACUGAGGGAUGUUUGGUUGCAAGUGCGAACAGAGGUUGUAAGGCGAUAUAUGCAUCAGGUGGUGCCACGAGCAUUCUUCUGAGAGAUGGGAUGACCAGGGCGCCGGUUGUGAGAUUCCCGACGGCGAAGAGGGCUUCGGAACUGAAGUUCUUUUUGGAAGACUCUGUUAAUUUUGAUACGUUGGCCGUGACUUUCAACAAAUCGAGUAGAUUUGCUAGGCUCCAAUCUAUUCGGUGUUCUAUUGCGGGUAAAAAUCUUUAUGUGAGAUUUAGCUGCUUCACAGGUGAUGCAAUGGGGAUGAAUAUGGUGUCCAAAGGUGUUCAGAAUGUUUUGGACUUCCUUCAAAAUGAUUUCCCAGACAUGGAUGUUAUUGGUAUAUCUGGGAACUUUUGUUCCGAUAAGAAACCAGCUGCAGUUAAUUGGAUUGAAGGUCGUGGAAAGUCGGUUGUUUGUGAGGCAAUCGUCACUGAAGAGGUCGUACAGAAGGUUUUGAAAACCAGUGUCCCUGCCCUUGUAGAGCUUAACAUGCUGAAGAACCUUACUGGUUCUGCUGUUGCUGGUUCUCUUGGUGGUUUCAAUGCCCAUGCUGCCAAUAUCGUCUCUGCAAUUUUUAUAGCCACUGGGCAAGAUCCGGCACAAAAUAUUGAAAGUUCUCACUGCAUUACUAUGAUGGAAGCUGUCAAUGAUGGGAAGGAUCUUCACGUGUCUGUCACCAUGCCUUCAAUUGAGGUGGGUACUGUCGGAGGUGGGACUCAACUUGCAUCUCAAUCUGCUUGCUUGAAUUUGCUUGGGGUGAAGGGUGCAUGCAAAGAGUCGGCGGGAUCAAAUGCCAGGCUCUUGGCCACCAUUAUAGCUGGUUCAGUUUUGGCAGGAGAGCUCUCAUUAAUGUCUGCCAUUGCAGCUGGGCAGCUUGUUAAGAGUCACAUGAAAUACAACAGAUCAAGCAGGGAUGUUACCAAAGUUAGUUCUUAG